CUCUGCACCCACAGCACAGCCGCCGCAUCCGUCCCAUUGAUCCCGCGCGGCUCUUCCCCUUUCUUUUGGCCGUCGCCCUUCCCGGCCCCGCCCGUUCUGCUGCGCGCUCAGCCAAUCCGGAACCAGCCGGUAGCGGCGGCACUCCUGGGGCUGCGCUGCGCGCGGGCCGCUCUGUCGCGCGUUUUUUCCUUUCCGCUCGUCUCUUCUCUUUCCUUCGCUGGUAGACGCCUGCGGAGCUUCCUACUCAAGCGGUGAGUGGCGCCUGGUUUCCCCCUCACCUUCGUCUCCUCUGCAGUUCUGGCCCCUUGAGGAUACUGUCUAACAAUGGCAGAAGCCCAUCAAGCAGUCGCGUUUCAGUUCACUGUAACUCCAGAUGGGAUUGAUCUGCGCAUGAGCCAUGAAGCUCUCAGACAAAUCUAUCUGUCUGGGCUCUAUUCCUGGAAGAAGAAGUUCAUCAGAUUCAAGAAUGGUAUAAUCACAGGAGUCUAUCCUGCUAGCCCUUCUAGUUGGCUUAUUGUAGUAGUGGGAGUUAUGUCAACAAUGUAUGCCAAAAUAGAUCCUUCAUUGGGGUUAAUAGCAAAAAUCAACAGAACCCUUGAUACAACCGGCUAUAUGUCCAGCCAAACGCAGAAUGUUGUUAGUGGCAUUCUUUUUGGGACAGGGCUUUGGGUGGCCCUUAUUUUCACAAUGCGCUACACUCUGAAGAUGCUGCUUUCCUACCAUGGAUGGAUGUUUGCUGAACAUGGCAAACUCUCUACAGGAACCAAGAUAUGGAUGAACCUGGUAAAACUUUUCUCAGGUCAUAAGCCAAUGCUGUACAGUUUCCAGACAUCUCUGCCGCGUCUUCCUGUUCCAGCUGUUAAAGACACAGUAAAUAGGUAUUUGGAGUCGGUUAAGCCACUUAUGAAUGAUGAACAGUUCAGAAGAAUGGAAUGUCUUGGCAAAGAUUUUGCUGUUAAUUUGGGACCAAAACUACAGUGGUAUUUGAAGCUGAAAUCCUGGUGGGCUACAAACUAUGUUAGUGAUUGGUGGGAAGAAUACAUCUACCUUAGAGGACGUGGCCCAAUUAUGGUUAACAGUAACUAUUUUGCAAUGGAUUUCCUAUAUUUUACUCCUACUUCCGUGCAGGCAGCUAGAGCUGGCAAUGCUAUCCAUGCCAUCUUGCUGUAUAGAAGAAAACUUGACAGGCAACAAAUCCAGCCAAUUCUUCUGAUGGGAUCCACUGUUCCACUCUGCUCAGCUCAGUGGGAGAGGAUGUUUAAUACCUCCCGUAUUCCAGGAGAAGAAACAGAUACUAUCCUGCACAUAAAAGACAGCAAACACAUCGUUGUGUAUCAUAAAGGAUGCUACUACAAAGUGUGGCUAUACUAUGAUGGCAGACUAUUGACUCCUCGAGAGAUUGAGCACCAAAUGCAGCGGAUUUUAAAUGACAACUCAGAGCCCCAGCCUGGUGAAGAGAAGUUAGCGGCACUUACUGCAGGAGAUAGAGUUCCUUGGGCUAAGGCUCGCCAGACAUAUUUUGCCUGUGGAAAGAACAAGCAGUCUUUGGAUGCCAUUGAAAAGGCAGCUUUCUUUGUGACUAUGGAUGACACUGUUCAGGGUUACAGGGAAGAGGAUCCGGUGGUAUCAAUGGAUGCUUAUGCAAAGGCACUUCUGCAUGGCAAAUGCUAUGACAGGUGGUUUGACAAGUCAUUCACUUUCAUAGUGUUCAAGAAUGGUAAAAUGGGCUUGAAUGCUGAACAUUCUUGGGCAGAUGCUCCAAUUGUUGGCCAUCUUUGGGAGAAUGUCAUGUUUUCUGACUGUCUUGAAUUGGGCUACACAGAAGAUGGCCAUUGCAAAGGAGAAGUCAAUUUAGGCAUUCCUUUGCCUACCAGGCUGCAGUGGGAAAUCCCUGAAGAGUGCCAAGAAAUGAUAGAAAGAUCCCUGGACAUUGCAAGGCCUCUAGCAGAUGAUGUGGAUUUUCAUUCUUUUCCUUUUGACACAUUUGGAAAAGGAUUAAUGAAGAGAUCAAAAACUAGUCCUGAUGCUUUUGUGCAACUUGGACUGCAGCUUGCUCACUACCGGGAUAUGGGAAAAUUUUGCUUAACUUAUGAAGCAUCUAUGACCCGCCUCUUCCGAGAAGGCAGAACAGAAACAGUACGUUCCUGUACUGUUGAAUCAUGCAAGUUUGUGCGAGCUAUGGAUGACCCAGCAGAAAGUCUUGAAAAGAAGUGUACACUAUUCAAGGCUGCUGCUGCUAAACAUCAGUUUUUGUACCGUCUUGCCAUGACUGGUGCUGGCAUCGACCGUCACCUCUUCUGUCUUUAUGUGGUGUCUAAGUAUCUAGCAGUUGAAUCUCCUUUCCUUAAGGAAGUUUUGGCAGAGCCCUGGAGACUUUCAACAAGUCAGACGCCUCAACAACACAUUGAUCUGAACAAGAAUCCUGAAAUGGAGUCCAGUGGUGGUGGCUUUGGACCUGUUGCUGAUGAUGGUUACGGUGUGUCAUAUAUAAUUGUGGGUGAUAAUCUCAUCAAUUUUCAUGUAUCCAGCAAAUUUUCUUGCCGUGAAACAGAUUCUCAUCGCUAUGGAAGGAACAUCAAGCAGGCUUUGUGUGACAUUAGAGAUUUGUUUAAUCUUGGUAGAAAUUCUACUAAGUGAAUCCCAACCAGCAGGUCAACUAGUCACCCUGUGUUGGGGGUGAGAACUCUUCUGAUUAGUGAAUGAAAAGAAUCAAGGCAUGCUAAGCAGCAUUUGGAGAGUCCAUUUGAUUAUGAUCCAUUCUGGGAUAUAUACAUAAGCAUUUAGCUUUGGGAGAGAUUCCACGGUUCAUGACUACAAUUGUUCAGAAGAGUUUUCUUUUCCACAAGAGAUGACUUUUGACAUUCUCUUUAUUUGUUGGAGAGCAGAAAGGCAACAAUAGUGAAGACAUGUAUUCUUGGCCUGUCAUAAUUUGAUGUAAAAUUGACCAUUUCUUACAAAAAUAUGUCUACUUGUAUUCUGUAAAUGAAGGGAUGAAUGAAAUAUGUGUAUUUCAACCUUGUAACAACAAAAAAACACUGUCUUGAAAUAUACGAGUGGCAGAAAUGUAUCUGAUCUUUUAUCAGUGUGACAGCUUGGGGCAUUCAUCUUAAAUAAAGGCAUUUCAUUAAGUUGAACAUUUUUAAAACAUCCUAAUGUAGUGAGCGAAGUGGGGAAAUCCUUUGUUGCUCGGAACAAGUAUACGCUACUACAGAUGAGUAAUAAAGCAUAGAACUACCUUAAUCAGUGGCAGUUAAUACUAUUUCUAUCAUAUUAUUGCUGACCACAUACCUUCAGUUUAUUUUGUAAAUGGACCUGCAUGUGAGUUUUGGUGCCAAAAGGGAGGUUCUAAAUGAAGAAUGUGAUUACACUCUGGGUUAUUUUAUAGGUAAGGGUUCUGUGCUGAAUCAGUAGUCACUGGAUUCAGUUUAUCUGAUUGGGGUAAAAGUGAACAUAUUUUCACAUAGCGUACAUCUGAGAGUACCCACAAGAGUGAAGAUCACUUCCAGGUUACUGCUGCUCAUGACAUCUCCCUGGGCUUCAGGAACUGCAGCCAUCAGACACAAAACCUGCUGGAUGAUCCCCACAAAGCCUGAUUGAAAUACUGUAACUUAUCAACUCUGGUGCCUUAAGCAGCUGCAUCUUAUGUGCAACCAUGGAAUAUGGAGAAGGCAUUUUUCAUAAUUAAUAUUACACUUUGAUUCUCCAGAUAUGGACUUAUCUUACUCAAAGAUGCUGAAGAGAGACCAUGAUAAAUCAUGUGAGAUAUUGUUAGAAAAUAUGUGUAAUGAUGAGACUUAAAAAUUAAAGAAACAUGAGGACUCCCUGCUUGGUACGAUGUCAACAAAACUCUUGAAGAUAUGAGCAUUAUGAAAAGCCAUUCUAAAAAACGGUUUAGAGAGUUUUUAGACAGUUUUUACAUAGAAAAAGCCAGGAGUGUAUCACAACAGUUGCAGCUACUUUUCUGAAUGUAAUGGCUGUGAAAACAUGCAACAUCAUUUGAGGCUUUAAUUAAAAAAUUCCAGUGCCCAAGAGCUUUUAAAAACUAGAAUAAAGUGGGGAGGGGUGGUGGGGAAGCAGGAGAGAAAAAUGUCUCCUUUCAUAUUCAUCACAGAACAGAGUAAUUUCUGUUUUGUAUGUUACUAGUCUAAUAUGCUUUAAGCACCUUGGCUUGGGAUGUUUAUGAAGAUCAGAUAUAUUGCUUCUUAAGUAGAAGAUUUUAAUACUUGUACAGGAAUGGUGGGGCAGUUUUGUGUGAUCAGAUACACUAAAGAGGCAAGAAUAUUGUGCGAAGGAAUUCAUAGCACCCAGAAAGCAGCAUGGUACCCAGUAGAAGUACUGCAAGGAGCAGGAUGUAUACGUUCUUUAUACUCACCACUGACCAACCUCUAUUAACCUUAAGGUAAUCUUUUAGAAUUUUUUAAUUAAUAGCAUACUUAGGUUUGAUUCUCAGGUUUCAUACAUAAUCAUUGUUAACUAGUGCAUUAUCAAUGCAAUUUUGCAUACUUUGCAGGAAUGUAAAUGUGUAAUUGGCUGAGGACAACCAGGUUUCUUACUGCAAGUGUUUAAAGGGUUGUCAUGUUUUGUUUUGCUUUGUUUGAUUUGACACAAAUAAUUAAAAUGUCAAGUGCAUGUAAAUAAUGUUUCUUUUGCUGUAAAUCUAAAUGCACAGUAAACAUAGAUUAUUCUUAAAUUAA